AGACCUGCUAGAAACUUUUUUUUUUCAUGUAUCGAGCCAAGUGAAAACAUUUUUUCAUGUAUCAAGACUAACAUUUUCAUUGUGUUUCUGAAAAAAAUUGGCAACUUUCUUUCUGAAAAUGUCAAUAAACGUUAUCAAAUUUACUGUAUUCAUUUUCAUCAGUUGCUGCAGAAAUAAAAUGAAUGUGAUUUAAUGGUUGAUUGAUGAUUAAAAGAAAACAUUUCUGUAAUAUUCUCAUUAUGUUUCUGGAAAAAGUCAACCACUUUUUUCGGAAAAAAGUCAAAAACAUUCUUUCGUAACAAAAAAAAAGACAACUUUUUGGAAUGAGCCGACAGCAUUUUUUGAAGAAAAAAAGUUUCUGAAAUGUGAAUUUUUUUCAGUGUUAGUAAUUAGUACAAGAUAUCAUAUGAAUGUGAUUUAAUGGUUGAUUGAUUAUUAAAUGAAAACAUUUCUGUAAAGUUGUCAUUGUGUUUCUGGAAAAAUCAACAACUUUUUCAGAAAAAGUCGAAACAUUUUGGGGGGGAAAAAAUUACUUUUUUUUAAAGAUCUGUAAAAAGAUUUUUUUUUUCACUUGGUUUCAUAGAUGAAAAACCAAAAACCUCUUUUUUUCACUCUUCCUGUAGAAUUCUCAGGUCAUAAACACAAGAGCAAAACAAUUUAGAUUAGACUUAGAAAACAGAUCACCAGGAAAAAAAACAAACAAAAACAAACAAACAAAAAACUUCUGUAUGUUUCCCUCACAGGUAGACAGAAAUAUUUGGGAUCUUUGGAAACUUUAGGAUCUCUGCUAGGAAAGUAAACUAAUCAGCUGUGACGCAGCCGCCUCUCCUCUCUAAUCCAUCACUUCACUCGGCCUGUUUACCUACAUUACUGCUGCCACGCUCACACACACCUGCUCUGAAAACUACAAGUACUUUUACUCGUACGUCAGAACGUUUUAGUGUGUUUUUCCCCUAAAAAAUUACUCACACCGAUUCAGUGAUUAUUAAAAUACUUGCCGGUUAAUUUAAGUGUUGAUAACUACUUGGUUCACUGUUGCAGCUGUAUAUCUGACAGCCAGAGCUGAGCUGACGUUCAGUCGGAAUCUAAAUGAUUCGAUUCAUCACAGUUGAGACUUUAACCAAUUAAAAACGUCUUAGUGGACACAAAUACCUCGGAGAGUUUCUGACAGGAACAGAAAACAGAUACUUGUUUUUCAAAUAUAUCCAAUUAAAACACAAAAUAUAAGCGUGUUAAACAUUUUACUUAAAAUGUGCGUUCUUAUCCAGGUUUCUAAUCAUCUGCUGCAGCUGUAGAAUGUUUUAUAAUAUGUUUGAUAAUCGUCUCUUUCUUUCUUUCUUUCUUUCUUUCUUUCUUUCUUUCUUUCUUUCUUUCUGUCCACACAGCUGCAGUGUGUAUUGGCGGCUGUGUGUCGCUAGAUGGCGCUGUGUGUUCGUUAAUCAGCAUUACAACCUUCCAUGAACUCACUUGACUCAGUUUCCCACUUUUAUUUAUUUCUUCUCCCACAUUUGUUUUAACAUUUGCUUGACUUUUUAUUGUUUUCAUACUUUUGAUUUCAAGACUUUUGUUUGUAUAUUUCUUUAAGUUAUUAUAAGCUGGAUGUGUGACUGAUUCAAAGAGACUGAACGGAUCCUGUGGGGGGUUUAAUUUUUUAUCUAAGUCAGGUUUUUUGUUUUUUUUUUAAAUGUAAAUAUAAGUUUGUUUUCAGGAUAUGAGUAUAAAGAAUCUGAUCAGUCUGAAUCCUCUGUGGGCUCCCAGCGUUCAAACUCAACCUGAGCUCUUAAAAGUCUGAUGAUCAAAGUGUGUUUCACCCUAUCAGCCUUUUUUGGGUACGACAAAAAAAUAAAAAAUAAUAAUAAUAAUAAUAAUAAUAAUUACGCAACCUCUCCUCCACCGACGUGUUUGUGUUACCAUAACAAAACCUUGUUCCAUCAGAGGAGUCGUGUCUGCGGAGACGUAGUAGACUAAUAAUCUUAAUCUUGCGUCCAGUUGGUGGAAAUCCCCACGUGGUUUCCACUCCUGUAUAAAAACUUUGGGUGUGCGGAGCCCCUGUUGUCGUGAUUGCAAAGGGAGGAACAGGGUCUCAGUGUGCAGCAUCUUUGCGAGGACGCACGGAGCUGGCCCAUCCAACAGCCGCGCGCACCGGACACGGUACCCAAGGCGCAUACACGCAACAACAAGAAGGAGAAGAAAAAAAAAAAAAAAGACGCGGGACUCGCCGAGAGUUGUUUAUUCUGUGCGGGGCUGCAGCUGGAGGAGAGGAGUUUCUGUGCGUGCUGUUUGAAUGGGAGAGAGCGGAGGGAGCGCGUCUGGACACCGGAGGGCUUCUUAUUCUCUGCUUUAGACUUCUCGGCGUUUUGUUUUGGUAGAUUUGUUACGCGUCCGCAGUCAGCGUGCUGUGACAGCAGCAAUCACAACUCCCGAGUGCGCCUCGCAAUCACAAGAGAUGAACUUUUUUAUUUUGGUGCUUUGCUGGAUAAACAAGCUGAAUGCAUAAUGACUGGAGUUAAAGAGCCUCUUGUGUGAUUGGGAAUACAAAGAUUUCUUUGGCUUCUCUGGAUGUCUUGAGGCGUCUCGCUGCUGGAGCAACAAAGUGGAUGUUCUCCCGGAAUCUCUGUCAAAAAUUAAAAUUAGCUUUAACUUCACUGUGUGUGUGUUUUAAACAUUCACUCGUCUCUUUUUCCCCCCUAGCGUUUGGACUGUAAUCUGAUAGAAAACAUGAGCUUAUACAGUCUGGCUUUGUCCUGCUUAGUUGCGUGCGUCCUCUCCGUGCGCUGCAGCUCGGUGGCCGGGACGGACACGCAGAGCUCGCCCCAGGAGUCGUGCGCGUCCUGCGGCCUCAGAGCGCCGGACCAGGCGGAGCGGGUGAACAUAGACUUCUUGGAGGCGGUGAAGAGACACAUACUGAACCGGCUGCAGAUGAGAGACAGACCCAACAUCACGCAUCCCAUCCCCAAGGCGGCGAUGGUGACGGCGCUCAGGAGGCUGCACGCCGGGAAAGUGCGAGAGGACGGCCGGGUGGAGAUCCCCAGCUUUGACGGACAGGCUGCGUACAACAACGAGGUCCAAGCGGAGACCUCUGAGAUUAUCAGCUUCGCCGAAUCAGAUGACCACACGUCCUCCAAGACUGGCCUCUUCUUCCUCGUCUCCAACGAGGGCAACCAGAACCUGUACGUCUCCCAGGCCAACCUGUGGCUCUACUUCCGUGUGCUGCCAGCCGGUCCUGAGAAAGGCAUCCGGAGAAAGGUGACCGUCAAGAUCCACUACCAGGAGGUUGGGACUACCAGCAGUGCAGAGGGAGGCCCGGGAGGCGGCGGUGGAGGGGGAACCGGCCGCUGGGCGUUGGUGGAGAAGCGCGUGGAUCUGAAACGCAGCGGCUGGCAUACCUUCCCCCUCUCGGAGGCGGUGCGGGCUGUGUUCGGGAAAGGCAGUCGGCGGCAGGACCUGGAGGUCCACUGCGACGGCUGUGAGACAGCCGGCGUGGCUCCAGUGCUGGUGGACCCGGGCGAUCCGUCCCACCGGCCCUUCCUGGUGGUCCGUGCGAGGCAGGUGGACGGGAAGCACCGCAUUCGCAAGCGGGGGCUGGAGUGUGACGGCACCAGCGGGGGCCUUUGCUGCCGGCAGCAGUUUUACAUAGACUUCCGCCUUAUUGGCUGGAACGACUGGAUCAUUGCACCAGCUGGUUAUUACGGCAACUACUGUGAGGGCAGCUGCCCGGCCUACAUGGCAGGUGUGCCGGGCUCAGCUUCGUCCUUCCACACUGCAGUAGUUAACCAGUACCGCAUGAGAGGGAUGAGCCCUGGCUCCGUCAACUCCUGCUGCAUCCCCACCAAGCUCAGUACUAUGUCCAUGCUCUACUUUGACGAUGAAUACAACAUCGUAAAGAGGGACGUGCCCAACAUGAUCGUGGAGGAGUGUGGCUGCGCUUGAGUCCCACACCGGCCCGACAUGACCUUUGAACUUGGAACAGUCAGAAAGGCCUUUUGUACAAACAGGACGUUAUUGUACGGUACACAUAUACAAUAUAUCUAUACCUACUGUAUGUGCGAGCAGCGUGCACACUGGUACAACCUAGCGACGUGUCAGUGUUGUGUCCGUGUGUGCGCGCGUGCGACUGCACGUGUGCGUGCGAGUGUGUGUAUUUAUCAGAGUGACAUGCUUGCUGCCCGAGUUUUGUCCGUUCGGCGACAGCGAUGGGACGAGAAGGGAAUGAUUAUCACCAAAUGAUACUUUGCUCUAGUUUGCCAUUUCUAGUCAAAAAAUAAUGGCUCAUCAUCUCCUCUUGAAUGAAGAUAACAAGCGCUUAAGGAAAGUGACAGGAUCAGCUGAUGACAUUAUCGGCUUCACCCCGACGCUCCCGACCCCGCUCCUCCGACCCUCUUAAGUACUUUAAGCACAUGACAGACUUUUGUUUUUAUAAAGCACUGACAAUUCAUCAGCUUAUACAAUUCAGAACACCAGCACUUCCCUACUAUGCCGACAGACACAGUCUGACUGUCCUCUCUGGUGGAAUUAGACCGGCAGCGCUUAAUGCCUUGCAGGAUUAUACCCUCCGCAGAAAGGCAAAAGAAAGUCGUCCGCAGAGCUGCUGCUGCUGCCGCUGUCAUUCUCGCUGUUGACUACGGGCCUCAACCUCUACUUCCUGCCUAAGAGUGCUGCAGGCCCCGCUACCAUGACAACCAGGUGAAGAUUGAUCUCAUAAGUGCACUUCACUUGUGCACUGGGAGCGACAGAGAGAGAACUGCUUCCUCUUGCCCCCCUAAGGUCCAGUAGAAGUGGGCCUGCGGACGUGGAGACUCUAGUUUUGGCCCAGUGGGUCGCCACAGUGCAGUGCAGCACUUGCAGAGACUGAAAUGCACACCCUGAAUAGCACUUGUAUAAAGAAAUGCCUUCCAAGGGGUACUGAGUGUCCUGUCCUAUCGCUAAAUAAGUGCCACAUGAGCUAUGCAAUGUAUAGUAACCUAUACCCAUACUCAACAUGCUCUAUUAGACUGAAUUCUCUUUCCAUCUUUGCUCUCUCUCCUUCUUUUCUCUCUUCGCUCCUCGACUCUUUAUCAAUACUUGAAAUGUAAUCUUUCGCCUCCUUUCCAAAGCGAAUGAUUGUUGUGACGUUUGCACUGAAAAGUUGCGGGAUUAGUGAGACAAAAAAACUGCCAUUGAAAAGUUAUUUUUAUAGAAGUAAAUUGAAUUUUGUUUCAAAUGUAUUUUACCUAAUUAAUGGAACCAAAGAGGCCAAGAUUUUUAGCUAUUGUACGAAGAUGGCAAGGCCAUUGAGUUACUGUGUACAAUACUGUUUUUGAUCAUUUGCAAUAGGCCUACCACUGUAUCAGGGUACGAUAUAUGAUUUCAUUUCUUAGCUCUAUUUUCAUUCUCUGUUUUGUACAAUAAGCAACACUUCAUUUUUUUCAUCUUUUAAUUCUAUUUUUGUUUCAGUUUUCUAUUUAAUAAGAAAGUUAUUUUUAGUUCCUGUCUAAGAAUCAUUUAGUCAAAUAAAUGUCAU